AUGGGGGGAAGAUCAAGCAUCAGAAGCAAUGAAGUCCUGCAACAGCACCCAAGGCCGCGACUCACGUACACUUGGAACCACUUGAGGGCGUGCGUGGACGAGGGGAGCUCCUCUGCCACGUCAGCGAGGGGGGCCGUGCUCAUCGUGGACAGGAUCAUGCCAGAGCCCACGCUUGCCGCCGCGCGUGCCACUGCUAGCUCGCCGUCCGGGUGGCACAUCCGCUGCAUCGCCAUGGGGGCGAUCAGGAUAGGCAUGAGCAGGUUCGAUCCUGGGGGAGCAAGGCAGGGGGAUGUCAGGCUCCAUGGUGCCGGAGUGAAGAGGGUCCCUGGGCUGGGGUGGCGUCGUAGGAUGGGGUGUCCAUCUGUGUGA